AUGGCUUCGAAAGUGAUUAUCGUUACCGGCGCAAGCCGUGGCAUCGGUCUGGCCAUUGCGCAAUACCUUCUAAAGGACUCCCACAAGGUUGUUUUGGCGGCGAGGUCUAAGGAUCAGCUAGAGGCAAUCAAAACGGCGCAUCCCGGACAGGUCGAGUACGUCGCGGGAGACUUGGGUGAUAUCAAGACCAUCCCAAAGAUCGCCGAGACUGCCAUCAAGGCUUUUGGUAAGAUUGAUGGAAUUGUGGUCAAUCACGGCGUGUUGGAGCCCGUUACUCGUUUGGAACACUUCGACAUCGAGGCUUGGCGAAAAGCAUAUGACAUCAAUGUGUUCAGCGGACUCGCAUUAGUGCAAGCCGCUCUUCCCGAGCUGCGCAAGUCCAAGGGUUGCGUCCUUUGGGUUUCCUCCGGUGCGGCCACUGGCGCGUACACCGCAUGGGGAGCGUACGGCACCUCCAAAGCCGCCGUGAACCACCUCUCAACCCACUUGGCAGUAGAGGAGCCCGAGAUCACCAGCAUCGCCAUCAGCCCCGGCCGCGUCGACACGGCCAUGCAAAAGGUUAUCCGCGACACCGGCAAGGGCCACAUGGCCGAGAAGGACCACGCCUCUUUCGUGUCCGGCUUCGACAAGGGCGAGCUCCUCAAGCCCGAGCAGCCUGGCAAUGUAAUGGCGCGCUUCGUGGUCAAGCCCCAGCACGACCUGUCUGGCAAGUACUUCAAGUGGCAAGCCGGAGAGCUUUCGGCGUUCCAAGAAUGA